AAAAAAGUAAUUUUGACAUAUAAAGUCCGUAGUUCAUUUUGAGUUACAUUUCUGUAUGGUGCAAGAUAUGUGCAAUGGCUAGUAUUAUGUGUCAACUUGUCUAGGUUAUACUGCUCAGUUGUGUGGUCAAACAGUAGUCUAGAUAUUGCUGUGAAGGUGUUUUGUAGAUGUGAUCAGCAUUUACAAUCAGUUGACUUUAAGGAAAGCAGUUUAACUUCCAUAAUGUGGAUGGGUCUCAUCCAAUUAGUUGAAGGUGUUAAGAGAAAAGACCAAGGUUUCCUGGAAAAGGAAUUCUACCACAAGACUAACAUAAAAAUGCGGUGUGAGUUUCUAGCCUGCUGGCCUGCCUUCACUGUCCUGGAGGAGGCAUGGAGAGACCAGGUGGACUGGAGUAGACUAUUGAGAGACGCUGGUCUGGUGAAGAUGUCCGGGAAACCACGAGCCUCCAGCUCAUUGUUCAACAACCACCCACCAACACCAAAGAGGCAAGAACGUGGAAAGCAUCCUCUCAACCCUGGCCCAGAAGCCUUAUCAAAGUUCCCAAGACAACCCGGAAGGGAAAAAGGACCCGUCAAGGAAGUUCCAGGAACAAAAGACUCUCCCUAAAAGACCACCGCUUCAAAAAAACCUGAGGAAUGGAGUGGGCCAACACUAUCCAGCCACUCUGACCAGCCGAAGGAGGAACUCAAUCAAAAUGAGCCACAGUAGGACCACAAGGGCAAGGAGACCCCCAGCUUCUCCAGUGUCUCUUUGGGCAGUCAGUAAUUCCCGGGCAAGGGCAGAAACCUCAAGGCUAUCUGAAAAGUCUCCAGAGGUCUAACCCCAGAUAAGUAGCCAACCGGGUAUAGAGUACAUUUUACACCCCAAAGGGUAUGCCCCAUGGUGAUGAAAAUAAAGUGAACAUGUUGCAAAAUGA